AUGUUGUUUAUUUGGUCUCUCUUGAGUGCCGCGGCCGGUGCGGUUUCUGUGGGUGAGCUGGUUGGGACCUGGUCCACCAAGUCGGGCGAUGUCCUGACGGGCCCAGGAUUCUACGAUCCGCUCAAUGACCGGCUACUUGAGCCCAAUCUGACCGGUAUCUCCUACUCCUUCGACGCGAACGGGCAUUAUGAGGAAGCCUACUACCGGGCCCUAGCCAACCGUGAGUAUAUGGAUGGACCGCCUAUGUCGAUAGAUUCUAACCCUUCCCCAGCUACCGACCCGGCCUGCCCCACGGGGCUCAUGCAAUGGCAGCAUGGAUCCUAUGUUCUGACUGCCGAUGGCUCGCUGACCUUGACACCCAUCGCCGUCGAUGGCCGCCAGCUCUACUCGGAGCCGUGCCGAGAGAGCAUCGGCAGCUACACGCGAUACAACAGUACUGAGCAUUUCAGGGGCUUCUCGGUGUCCGUCGACAAAUACCACCACAUCCAACGGCUCGACCUGACCCGAGCGGAUGGCCUCAUCCUCCACCCGAUGUACCUGGCCCACCGGCCGCCCAAGAUGCUGCCUACCACUACCUUGAACCCGACCCCGACGGGCCGCCAUAGCAAGCGGGACCGGUCCGAGGCGGGCCUGCAUCGGAUCGUCAAGGAAGAACUGGUCAACCCGGACCGGUGGUGGUGGUUAGGCGUGUGGAUGACUUCCGUAGGGGGCGUGGCUUUCUUUUGUUCGUGA